CGCUCCAAGUCGUACUUCAAGCCACGAUGUUGAGACUCUCCAAGUUCAGCCAGCUCGCAGCUUCCGCCAAAGCAGCACUCACGCCCCGCGAUGCAGCCUCAUCACAACACAAUCUCGAAACCAUCAAUGCCUCGGUCCAAAAACUCACGGCCACUCUGAAAGCCUACUCAGGAGGUCUCCUGGCAGCAGCAAGCAUCUCCAGCGACGAAGCCAAACUCGGACGAGACAUUAAGAAUACCAUUUGCGACGCCAAUGCCAGCGAAGUUGUGAGCGAGGAAGAGGCCAGGAAUAUCACGGCUUACGUUCGAGAUAUCUUGGAGCCGAAUAUCGCGGCUUGCAUGGCGAGCCUCAAGGAGAAGAAGGAGAAGUUGGCGGCGGCGGGUUUGCAGAGUACUGUGUCUGGCGAUAUGGGGGAUUUGAGGAAGUUGACGAAUGAGCUUGGGAAAGCGUUGGUGGCCAAGGCGCCGGAGAGUGAGCGGCCUGGUGGCGAGGAAGUGAUGAAGAUGAUUGAUGGGGACUUUGAAGAGGCUAUUAAGAUUUUUGUCUAGGUUUAUCGAUGGCGUUGCGACGCUCUGAUUUAUCGUCUCUGUCCGAUGGACAACUUACUCCGUGUUACCAUUCGCCUUAGCAGCUAUGUUCGGUUUCAAUCGACAAGGCACUUUCUAUGCUUUUCCUCGCCUUGCCUUUGGCUUGCGGCUUGACUGUUGUGAUCGUGCUUGAUGUCCAGGUUUUUCGUCUCGUCGAAUGCCAAUCGCUGCUGUCUCCGGUCUGCUUCUUCCGGUAGGUUGCUCUGUACUUCAUGAGUAGUUUCCUGAUGGCUUCCAUCGCGAGCUGAGAUCAUAUCUUCAAGCAAUUCCCCAGCUUCCUUGCGCUCGCCAGUCUUCGUGUCGACACACCGGUCGCCCUUUUGAAUGAUAGACGCUGGAUCACUAUCUCGAGAUUUCCGCUCUGCUACGAUGGGAUCCGCAAUUUUUGGAGGAACCACACACCUGAAGAACUCAUGUGAAGCAUUAUGGCCAUUUCCCUUGUCCCGAGCGCAGGAGAGGCACAGAUCGAAGUCUUCGCAUUCAGAACACGUGUAUCUUGGACCUGCUAUAUGGGGUUUGCUCGUGCGACAGCGCUUGCCAUCGCACACGAUCCCGUUGUGGAACAGCUUGAGGUAGUCUCGAUCGUUGGCGCUGAAUACUCCAUGUGCGGAGAGAGUGGUGUAGGAGAAUCCGGGCUUUUCUGUCCGCAGCUGAGAUGCCCUGCUCGACAUCGUCGGCUUGAAAUGCUUGAGCGUUCAUAGGCAGAAAUAAGCCACAUUAUCACCGACUCAGUAUGCCACGGCUUGAUUGCUACCCUUUGUUCUCGCCGGUUGAGUCUUUUGAUUCAGCAUAUGCCCAGAGUGAGGGCCUUGCUGUGUUUGCUAGCAUGGCGAUCGUGAUGCGGUUCUUCACAUAUUUUCCCUGCGUUUCGGCUGCAUCAUCUGAACGAGAUGGCGCGCAUUCUGCGUGAUUCGUGCUCAUAGCAGAGUGUGUCG